GCUACCCAGCCCAGGCAGCCACAGCACCCCAGCAGCCACCACCACCACUACUACUCCACUACCAAUUGUACUGCUACUAGCUAGCUACUGCAGAGUGGUAGUACUCCUAUAUACUAGCGGUACUGUAAAGAGGCCGGGUUAGGAUCUCGCUGGUUCGUCAGAGUUCUUGAUUUUCUUCCCCCUCGCUCCAUCGGACCACCGCUGUCCCGGGCAAGAGAUCCGGCCAACUCAGGUUGCUCGGAAGGCCGGCGAGCCGCGCGUGCCGGUGGACCGGAUCUCGCCGGCGGCGCGUCUCGGCGAGUGUGGGCCUCUGAACUUUCUGACCUUGAGUCCUCGAUUUUGUCAUAGAUCAGACAAAUAAUGGAAGAGUUACAAGAUUGCAACUCGAAAAGCCUGGUUGUAUUUGAUCCCGCUUGGGAAGCAUUUGAUCCUUCACGGAAGCGGUGGAUGAGGCUCCCAAGAAUGCCAUGGGACGAGUGCUUCUCCUGUGCAGAUAAGGAAUUACUUGCCGUCGGAACACAGCUGCUUGUCUUUGGCCGUGAAUAUACUAGCCUUGCUAUUUGGAUGUACAACUUACCGACUCGCAGUUGGUCCCCAUGCACUCCAAUGAAUCUGCCCCGCUGCCUUUUUGCGUCGGGAAGCUCAGGUGAGAUUGCUAUUGUUGCUGGUGGGUGUGAUAAGAAUGGACAGGUGCUGAGAUCUGUUGAGUUGUACAACUCAGAGAUUGGCCACUGGGAGACUAUCCCAGACAUGAACCUGCCCAGGCGGCUCUCUUCAGGUUUCUUCAUGGAUGGCAAGUUUUAUGUCAUUGGGGGUGUAUCGAGUCAGAGGGAUUCAUUGACUUGUGGAGAGGAAUAUAACCUUGAAACAAGGACCUGGAGAAGAAUACUUGAUAUGUACCCUGGUGGAACCAGUGCAUCUCAAUCGCCUCCUCUUGUUGCUGUUGUGAAUAACCAGCUCUAUGCUGCUGAUCAGUCAACAAAUGUGGUCAAGAAGUAUGACAAGGUAAAUAACGCCUGGAACAUAGUGAAGCCAUUGCCUGUUAGAGCUGACUCAUCCAAUGGUUGGGGUCUAGCUUUCAAGGCUUGUGGCGAUAUGUUGCUGGUAAUUGGAGGGCAUAGAGGACCUCGUGGCGAGGUAAUACUGCUGCAUUCCUGGUGCCCCGAAGGUGGGGAAGAUGGUGCUGAUUGGGAGGUUCUCUCGGUGAAGGAACGUGCAGGCGUCUUCGUUUACAACUGUGCAAUAAUGGGGUGCUGAGUUACCUUUGCUUCAGUACAUGCCGCUGGUUUAGCAAGCCAACCAUUUCUUGCUGCCAUUUAGCUACCCUUUAUAAUGACUUGUAAUUCAGAAAUGACACACCCCCCAUUUCGCCGAGCUCUCAAUUGAUGAGUUCAGUUUACCUGGAACUACUAUUUUUCUGUUAAACUCUUUCAGAAUUCUUUGUUCUUGUCCAGUAUGAAUUGUAUGCAGUAUUCUUUA